AUGCUCUCGGGACUGGCUGCCAUGGAGUUGAAAGUGUGGGUGGAUGGCAUCCAGCGUGUGGUCUGUGGGGUCUCAGAACAGACCACCUGCCAGGAAGUGGUCAUUGCACUUGCUCAAGCCAUAGGCCAGACCGGCCGCUUUGUUCUUGUGCAGCGUCUGAGGGAGAAGGAACGGCAGAUGCUACCCCAGGAGUGUCCAGUGGGCGCCCAGGCUACCUGUGGCCAGUUGGCCAGUGACGUCCAGUUUAUUCUGAGACGGACAGGGCCCACCCUGGCUGGGCGCCCCUCCUCUGACAGCUGCCCACCCCCUGAGCGCUGCCCAGUUCGUGCCAGCCUCCCCCCAAAGCCACGGCCAGUGCUGGGCUGGGAGCCCCGCAAAGUACUGACCUGCAGCCUGGGUCGCCCCGAGCUGGCCCCAGGCCCCACAGCCCCUGAUCCCACGGCCGCUGUAGUGCCCAUGCCGGGAUGCUGCACAGGCCUGCAGGACCUGGAGCGGAGGGUGCAAAGGAACACGAUAGAGCUAGGCCAGGAGGCCUUCUGGGAGCAGGAGCUGCGGCGGGAGCAGGCUCGGGAGCGCGAGGCUCAGGCCCGCCUGCAGGCACUGAGUGCAGCCACCUCGGAGCACGCUGCCCGACUACAGGCCCUGGAUGCCCAGGCCCGCGCCCUGGAGGCUGACCUGCGGCUGGCCCAAGAGGUCCCUGGGUCCCCUUCGUCCACGGCAUCCACAGCUGAGCGGCUGCGCCAGGACCUGGCCACCCAGGAGCGACAGAGCCUGGAGGUGCAGGGCAGCCUGGCCCUGGUGAGCCGGGCCCUGGAGGCCGCUGAGCACACCUUGCAGGCCCAGGCCCAGGAGCUGGAGGAACUGAACCGGGAGCUACGCCAGUGUACCCUGCAGCAGUUCAUCCAGCAGGCGGGGGCUGCACUGCCGCCGGCACCCCGCUCUGAGAGGGCCGCCCUUGGCACACAGGAUCUUCUGCCUCCAGUCAGAGAAAGGCCCCUUCUGGGAGCCCCCCCAAGUCCUGUCCUAGUGUCCAGCCUGAGCCCUGAGGUGGCUCCCAUGAGGCAAAACUCCUGGAGCUCCUGCGUCUUCCUCUUUCUCCCGGUCCUCACGGAACUGUCUUCCAAAUCUGCCCAGAAGCCUAGCGCUUCCCAUUGCCCACCCGAGCCCAGCAGCGGUUCUCCGGUUCGGAUAUCGCUGCAGCCCGCUCCUGACCGCUCCCGGAGGUCUCCUCCCAGCAGCCUGGGGUGCCUGAGAACCAGCGCCCGGCCUCCGUCCCCAAAACCUCCCCGACACAGUGCCAGCCCCCUCCAGUCGCACGAGUCUCCCUGCUGCUACCCGGGUUAG